CCUGUGUCUCAUGUCCUCUUUGUCUUUUGCCACUCCUGUCUCCACAGGUCGCUUGGAUUGCCUCGGAAGGAAUAGGACAAAAUGACCAAGUUCCAGGAGGCCGUGAUGUUCAAGGACGUGGCUGUGAUCUUCACAGAGGAAGAGCUGGGGCUGCUGGACCCUUCCCAAAGGAAGCUGUACCAAGACGUGACCCUGGAGAACCUCAGGAACCUGAUCUCUGUGGGACACUGGAAUCAAAAUGAAAUAGAGAUUGUUCAUGAAGUUGCUUUAAGGUACCUUUUUCAUGUAGACCUUGUGUGCUGGCAAAUAUGGGACCAACUUCUGAGUAAGUUAACCAGAAAUCAAGACUUGAUAAUCAACCUGGGAAGCAAGGUUUUGGAUUUGCUAAAACAAGGUGAUUCCACCUGUCAGUUGUGUGCAGGAGAAUCUACUCAGGUUUCAGAAGGCAAGAAAUAUGUAAGAAAGCCUCAAGGGGAAGUUCAGAGUUUCAACACUAUAAGGAAAGAAGAGUUUCCCAAGAAGACCAACCACAGUUGCCUGAAUAAAGUGUAUUUGAGACCGUCACAGAAUGAUCCGAGUAGAUGGCAAGAGGGUGACGGCAGAUGUAAAGUGUUAGAGUGUGAGCACUGUGACAGGAGAAGGACCUCUGGUCUUCACAGUGAUGAUCAGGAAAUGAGGAAAAGGGAGACAUCUAAUAGCCACAAGAAUUGUCUGAAAGACUUCUCGAAGGAAUCAUUGCAGCAUAGUGUAAUCCACUCAGAAGAGCACACUUCUACCGAAAAUGUGAAAGGCAUGAGCUUUAGCCCCAGUGUUGAAUUUCAACAGCAGUUGUACCUCGGAGCAGAAACUUAUAUACAUCAUGAGUUUGGGGAGGGUGAGAGUUAUAGCUCGGAGCUCUGCACUUCUCAAAGUGUCCACACACAAGACAUAUGCACAAGGAGUGAUGAGUGUGGUGAGGACAUGAGUCAGAGUUCAUGUCAGACUAUUCAUCAGCAAGUCCACAUGGGAGAGAAAACCUACAAGUGUGCUGAGUGUGGGAGGAUCUUCACUCACAGUUCACAACUUCAAGUUCACCAGCGAGUCCACAUGAGAGAGAAAUUGUACAAAUGUGCUGUGUGUAGGAAGAGUUUUAGUCAGAGGUCCAGUCUUCAAUCUCAUGAGCGACUCCACAGUGGAAAGAAAACGUACAAGUGUACUGAGUGUGGGAAGAUGUUCAGUCAGAAUUCAAAACUCCAAGUUCAUCAGCGAGUCCACACUGGAGAGAAACCCUACAAAUGUCAAUUAUGUGGGAAGAGCUUCAGUCGGAGCUCACACCUUCAGGUUCAUACUCGAAAUCACACUGGAGAGAAACCCUACAUGUGUGCUAUGUGUGGGAAGAGCUUCAGUGACAGUUCAUAUCUGCAAGUGCAUCAGCGAGUGCACACUGGAGAGAAACCCUACAAAUGUGCCGUGUGUGGAAAGAGGUUCAGUCACAGUUCAUAUCUGCAAGUGCAUCAGCGAGUGCACACUGGAGAGAAACCCUACAAAUGUGCUGUGUGUAGGAAGAGUUUCAGUCAGAGUUCAAAACUUCAAAUUCAUCAGCGAGUCCACACUGGAGACAAACCGUACAAAUGUGCUGUGUGUGGGAAGAACUUCAGUCAGAGUUCAAAACUUCAAGAUCAUCAGCGAGUGCACACUGGAGAGAAACCCUACAAAUGUCCUGUGUGUGGGAAGAGCUUCAGUCAGAGUUCACACCUUCAAGUUCAUAAGCAAAAUCACACUGGAGAGAAACCCUUCAAAUGUUCUGUGUGUGGGAAGAGCUUCAGUCAGAGUUCAUAUCUGCAAGUUCAUCGGCGAGUGCACACAGGAGAGAAACCCUACAAAUGUGCUGUCUGUGGUAAGAGCUUCAUUAGGCGUUCACAUCUUAAAGAUCAUCAGCACAUUCACACUGGAGAGAAACCCUACAGAUGUGCAGUGUGUGGGAAGUGUUUCAGUUGGCGUUCAGGACUUAAAUUUCAUCAGCGAGUUCACACUGGAGAGAAACCUUACAAAUGUGCUGUGUGUGGGAAGUGUUUCAGUUGGCGUUCAGGACUUACAUUUCAUCAGCCAGUUCACACUGGUGAGAAACCUUACAGAUGUGAUCUGUGUGGGAAGAGCUACCGUCGGAGUUCAGAUCUUAAAGUUCACCAGCGAGUCCAUACAGCAAGGAAACCUUCAAACGUGCCAUGUGGGGGAAGACCUCCAGUCAUACCUCUAGUCUUCGAGAUCAUCAGUGAGUCCACACUUGAGAGUAACCCUACAAAUGUCCUGUGUGUGGCAAGAGCUUCAGUUGGAUUUUAG